AUGACGUCGAACAUGUACCACAACAGCUCCGAGGGAGUGGGCCACAUCACGCCGCUGAACUACACAGAGAUGCAAUACUAUGGUAACAUCACCAUCGGAACUCCUCCCCAAAGCUUCAGGUCAUCCACUGCCUCGAACCUGACCUGGGUGCCCUCGGUUGGCUGCAGCGUCGAGCAGUGCCAGGACCGCCCUCUGUACGACAACCGCAACUCCUCGACGUACGGACCUUACGGUAUCUGGGUGACCGCCCCGUACAUCGGUGGUGGUGCCAUCACUGGAACGGCUGCCUACGAAACCAUCACCGUUGCUGGCAUCAACGUCACCGACCAGCUCUUUGUGGAGGCCACCGUCAUUGAUCCUAAGAUCUACAACGGCACGCAGUUCGACGGUUCUGUCGGUCUGAGCAUCGAGUCGCGCUACCUGUCCCAGCACUGGUCCAUCUUUGACCACAUGUUCAACCACCUUCUCCCGGAGCCCGUGUUCGCCUUCUACUUCCACCCGACAUUGAACGGCAGCGACGGUGAGCUCGUGCUGGGCGGCAUUGAGAAGUCGCACUACGAGGGAGAGCUCACCUACGCUCAGAGUACCACCGACGAGUGGUUGAUCCGCCUGCAGGGUAUCAAGAUCGGUAUGCGCUGGCUGCAGACCGAAUACAUCUACGCCAAGCCCGUCUCUACUCUUCCGUACAUCUACGGUCCCCAGUCGCAGAUUGAUUCCAUCAACAAGGUCCUGAACGCCUCCAAGACCUCUGGCGACGAGUACACCGUUGAGUGCUCCACAUCACGUCCCUGCCCAAUCUUAGUAUCAGAUUUCCGGCAAGAGCUUCGAUCUCCGCCCCCAGAUUACAUCGUCCAGGCACAGAAGCCGAGAAUGCCGGACCUGCGUAAGGUUCUCAGCAAUGGAAGAACCAAAUACAUGAGCGGGUGA